AUGUGUCUGACAUACAUCGUAGACGACUUCAUCGACGUGUGGGGCUAUACGAACAACCCACUUCCGUGCUGGCAGUGCCUCGGGGAGAUUGCGCAACCGAAUAUGUUUCUUUAUCAGGCCUGCUUUAACAUCCGCGACAUCGCCUCCGACUUCCCUCAUCCGUGCACCGAAUGCACCCAGCAUAAAUUUUGUUGUCAGACAUUCCCGACUGCCCUUUGUCCGGAAGUAUGGUAUUUGCUCUAUGGAAACCAUGAUUUCUCUGAUCAAAAGAUCCGUGAUAGAUUGUGGGGGAUCCUAAAACCUUAUCGGGAGGGUCCUCAGCAGCUUGGGGAAGAUGAGGCCUUAGAGCAUGGCAGUUACUAA